AUGGCGCGCCAAAUCCCAGCCCGCUCCACUCGGGGCAGGGCAACUCGUAGCCGCCAGCCGAAGGAUAACACAUCGCGUCAAGAUCAGGUUCCAGAGGUCUACCAAGAAAUGCUAGAUGAGGCUGAAGCACGAGACCCCGAGCAGUUCAAUAUGGAUAGGCCAACCAAGAGACGCAGAGUUGGAGAUACAAAGGCCAUUCCUGUCAACACACCAACUUUGAUACAGCCCAGUAAUGUGGACUAUGCAACUCCAGACAAAAAGGACAUCACACAAGUGCAAACCGUUUACGACUCAACUACAGAGGAUGAAUCGGAUGUUGAAUGGGAGGAUGUGGAUAUCCCGCAACCGGCUCAGGAGCCUCUCAGUGCAAGUGCUGCACUACAGGGAGGCGACGAGACCCUUCAAAUCAUCUUCAACAAAGAGCCUGAGCCCCAAAAGAGGACUGCACCCAGAAGAAAGCCCGUCACUGCAACGGAGAAAAAGUUACGCCUCGAAAUCCACAAGACGCAUCUGCUUUGCCUUUUGGCUCAUGUGAACCUGCGGAACCGGUGGUGCAAUGAUCAUGAGACACAGAACUUCUUGAAGAGAAUGCUCCCUAAGAGAAUGGUCGCGUUGUUGCACCCGGACGAGAAAAAACAGCAAUACAACCGGUCGACAACCUUUGUGGAUGGCCUCAAUCAAGUAGCUGAUAUCUUUAAUCGGAAGUUUCGAGUCACAAAACCUGGCUUGAAGCGGGCACACUGGGCUGAAGAUCAAAUCCGACUCAAACAGAGAGUGGAAUCAAUCAUGUCGGAUGCCGAGGUUUUCUUAUCUCAGGCAGAUUUUCGGUCUCAGGCGAAAAUGAUGCAAGGCUCACGAGACUUUGGCGCCCAGCUAUUCUGUGCUUUACUACGUUCCGUAUCUGUGGAAGCGAGGCUAGUAUGCUCCCUUCAGCCACUACCAUUCUCAGGCUCGGUGAAAGAUAUGACGCCAUCUAAAGCAGCACCGAAGUACAUUGUGAUAUCUUCCGAUGACCAUGACUCGUCCAUGGACGAGCGGCAGCAAUCUGGAAGUUCUUCAACUCCGACGAGGCCACGGCGGAUUGGACGUCCAGAGUUCAUAUCACGACCGACGACAUCGUCUACACGUACAGAGCCUCGUCCUAUUUCUCAAGAGUCUGCGCACCCUGUUUUCUGGGUUGAGGUAUUCAAUGAGGCAGUCCAAAAAUGGUUUGCAGUUGAUCCUAUCGUGACCAAGUCUCUGGCAAAGCCUUCAAAGUUCGAACCCCCGGCAAGCGACCCAUACAAUAACAUGAGCUAUGUGAUUGCUUUUGAGGACGAUGCUUCUGUGAGAGAUGUGACAAGGCGAUACGCAAAAGCAUUCAACGCAAAGACGCGGAAAAUUCGAGUCGAGUCUACCCGGAAUGGAGAACAAUGGUGGAACAAGGCAAUGAUGGCGUAUGAGAAGCCAUUCCUCGAGGAUCGGGACGAGGCGGAGAUUAGUGAACUGACCUCCAAGUCUGCCGCUGAGCCUAUGCCCCGAAAUAUCCAGGACUUCAAAGAUCACCCCAUUUACGCAAUUAAGAGGCAUUUGCGCCGCAAUGAGGUUGUUUUUCCUGAACGUGUCAUUGGCCAUGUUGGCCUAAGCAAAACGACAUCCAAAAGCGACAACCUGGAACCUGUUUAUCGUCGGUCUGACGUGUAUGUGGUGCGUAGCGCCGACAAGUGGUAUCGGUUAGGAAGGGAUGUCAAAGUUGGGGAGCAACCUCUCAAACGUGUUCCUGCCACGCGCCCGAAAAGUGGAUUCGCGAGUGAUGAAGAGGGAGAGGAAUCCGAGCAUACCCCUCUCUAUGCAGAAUUCCAGACCGAGGUUUACAAGCCGCCACCAGUAGUUGGAGGUCGAAUUCCCAAGAACGCAUACGGAAACCUGGAUGUUUACGUCCCAAGUAUGGUGCCCCCUGGGGCAAUUCAUAUCAAACGCACAGAGGCUUCUCGAGCCGCACGAAUCCUGGGGGUAGACUUUGCAGAUGCUGUUACUGGGUUUGAUUUCAAAGGGCGCCGUGGAACCGCUGUCUUUGGAGGCAUAAUAAUUGCCGUCGAAUACCAGGAGGCUUUGGAGGAGGUCAUGAGGAGUAUGGAGGAUGAAAGACUACACGCUGCAUUUGAAGCCAGGAGUGCAGAAGCUUUGGCAAUGUGGCGACUUUUCUUACUCAAGCUCAGAAUUGCAGAAAGAGUUCAAGGCUACGCGUCUGACGAUGAGAGAACAGGCGAUUCAACCCCGAAAGAGACAAGUGUGGAUCCGGCUGAAGGAGGUGGGGGUUUCUUUCCAGAGCCAGAUCAAUUGACGAGAAGCCCGCCCCAAGGAUUUUGGAAUGAAGAGCAGGCAAUGGGCCUGAUCCCUGGAGGAGACAACACCUUCAUUCCCAACCUUUUGGAUGCCUCUGAACAGCAAGAAGACGAGUAUGGUGGCGGAUUCAUCCCAGAGGAACCCGAGAAAGGGAACUUGUCUCCUGAACCAAGCAUAUCUCAGCAUCAGCCAACCUCACAAAGAAAAAGCAGGACUAAUUUCUCCAAUUCAUCUCGCUAUGAGCUGGUCGUGGUUCCUCACAAACCAGAUCCUACAUCCGAGGAGCCGCAGUUCGUUUCUGGCAGUCCAGCUCCCAAAGAGCCAGAGGGAUCUUCUGGAAAAAUUCCUUUAAGUGUGGACUCUCCAGCGAAUGUCGAUUCGAAAUCCGUUAGCCUAGAAAUUGUCUCGAGAUCAACAUCGCCUCCCCAGGCUCCUCUUCGCUCGCCGCCUCCGCCAGACCCCGACAGUGAGAUCGAGAAAGGAUCGUUAUUAUCCGAAGAUCCUGAAGAUGAGGAUGCGAUUCCUGACUGGGACUCGCUACCUCGUUCACGGGCCCAGGCCACUCUCACACAGAUCGACUUUGUGACCCAAACCACACAACCGGACAAUGAGGAACUCGAUUAUCUUGAAGACUCUGGGCGGCCUGCAAAUACAAACGAUCAGCCUGUGCUCAUAAACGAAGAAUCCGAUGAUGAUCCGGACUACAGAUCAACACUUCGAGCCCGACCUACUCAAACAAAAUUUGAACCGGGCAAUGACCAUCCCAAGAGGCGACGAAAAAGUGCGGGGGUGAAUGUUGGGGGAUCCGAACGAGGCCAGAGCUUACGCAAGAGCCAAACACCUAGAGCCAGCGUUGGACCCAAGGGCAAACAAAAAGCUACCGAGAAGCCGGCUACGAAGCGCGAUAAGACCCUUACCCAAAUGGAUUUCGUGCGACGCUAUAUUCCGAUUGAUGACGAGGAUGACGAUAUGAAUCUGGGAUACAUACAACCAACAUUUCAAAGAAAGACACCUAAGCCCAUUAAAAAGGAACUGAAAGUUGAGAAUAUGGUCGCAACCAAUCGACCAACUCCAACAUCUGCUAAGCGCAAUCGCCGAAUCCUAGAAGCAGAGCUGGAUCUUUCAACAGGGGAGCCCAUAUCCGAUCCAGGAACCAGCCAAGCAGCAGAGAAUGGCAUCAACAUCCAAGAUGGUCCAAUCACGCCUCACAAGCGAAAGCUCGAGAUCCCCUCUUCCCAAUCACCGGAAAGCCCAGGGCUUGCCAUUAUUACAUCAUCUCAAUUCCUGAAUGCAACCCGUUCGCCCUUAAGACAAAAACCUCAGAACUUGACACACGAUUCAGAAAAUCCCAUUAAGGAAGAGUCGCCCAAGUCUCAACAACUAGUCGAGGACUCGCAAGGCCAGGGACAUCCCUCUUCCGAGAGAACGCCCAGAGCCUGCUCGCCCAAAGUGCUAAUAGCUUCCAGCCGACGCCCUACAUUUGCAGAGAGGCUAGCUUCAUGUGCGCCGUCCACUGAGUCGAUUACUACUCCCAGAAAGAUAUCAAAUGAUCACGAACCGAAACGUACCCAAGGAGAGAGAACAGUGGUGUAUGAAACCGAUGCCGAAAGUGACCAAAGUGAUGCGGAGAAUAACGUGAACGAUGAUCCUCCAACUCCAUCUCGUUUGCAUGAAUCUCAGGUCCAGAGUGCAGAUAUUAGCCACGUCCCAUGGUCGCCUCUCCUCGAUGACUCGCAAGAACUUCCUUUGCCUGAUGUUCAAUCCUCUGACAAUCAGGAUUAUGACCCAUCGUCUGAAGCGCCAAUGUCGGAUGGUUCAAUGUAUUACCAAAGAAUGCAAAAAGCCACUCAAUUCCCACAUGAAUCCAUCCCGGCACUCAACACCCAAAGGCUAUUGGAGCUAUUUCCCAACGAGGGCUCAACACAGUAUGCCAAACCUGGUCAUUUACCUGCACCUACUCCGUCUGCUCAAAAUUUUGGCGGUCCUUUCUUGCAAACUCAGACUCAAGCUCAGACUCAAGAUCUAGAUGGCGGAGAGCUUGAGAUUGUACCCGAAUCCUCCCCUAUCCGAGAGCAGGAGGACAACUCGGAGGAAAGCCAGACAGUAUUUCAUCGACCUCGUGUUCCAGAGUCAGUUCAGGUUGAAUCUUCCCAACCCGUUGAUCAGGCCAAAAUCGGACUGGGCAAGGCUCUGUCACGUAGUCAGCUUCUGACUUCGAGCGUCAUGGAGAGUGUUCCCCUGCCCAAGUUUUGGAUGAGUAGUCAGGAAAGUGUGGGAGAACCGUAUACCUUACCUGAUCAGUGA